AGAGAACUGCAGCGGAUCCGGAUCAACGCUAGAGAACUGAUCCGGAUCAACGCUAGAGAACUGAUCCGGAUCAACGAGAGAGCUGAUCCGGAUCAACGAGAGAACUGAUCCGGAUCAACGCUAGAGAACUGAUCCGGAUCAACGAGAGAACUGAUCCGGAUCAACGCUAGAGAACUGAUCCGGAUCAACGAGAGAACUGAUCCGGAUCAACGAGAGAACUGAUCCGGAUCAACGAGAGAACUGAUCCGGAUCAACCCGAGAACCUGCACCUGAUCCGCACAGACAGAGACCUUCAUCAUCUCCUGCAGAGAGAGUCUUCCUCACCGGUGAUGUGAAGCGUCCGGGACGACCUCGUGUGUUUCACUGAUUCUGUGACGUCGUCAGAAUCGAACCCGCGAGCUGGAUCCAACAUGGCCGCUCCAGUUGCUCUGUGUGUGUGUGUCCUGCUGCUGCUUCCUGCUGCGACCGCUCUUCAGUCUGAGGACAUCGAGUGUGCCUUCACCGACAACCUGCAGGGGGCGGGGCCUCACAAUGGACCAGCCCAUGAGCUGCGAGGAGUGGUACGAGAGAACGGCACGGUCCGCUGCAGCCGCGGCUCGCGCUGCUAUGGAUUGUGGGAAAAACAAGCAGACAGCGAGAUGCACCUGGUGAAUCAAGGUUGUUGGGCCGGUGACCAGCAGGAGUGUCAUGGUGACCGUUGCCUGGUAACAGCCACGCCCUCUCAGAUCCAGAACGGCAGCUACCGUUUCUGCUGCUGCAGCCGCGACCUUUGCAACGCCAACUUCACCGAGGCCCCGCCCACUGCUGACACCCCCGCCCUGAGACUGAUGAAGAGUGGUGACAGACAGACAGAUCAGCAGCCGCUGACGCGAGAGGAGACAGCGCUUGUCGCUCUGGUAACCGUUGCCAUAGCAGCCAUUCUCAUCAUGGCACUGUUCCUGGGAUACCGGAUGAUGAGAGGGAAACAGAAGCACGCCCUGGCGGCGCUCGACGCGCUGGAGGCGGCGAACGCUGAGUCUGUGGAUCUGGUCAAUCUGAAACUGCUGCAGCUGAUUGGUCGAGGUCGUUACGGCGUGGUGUUUCGUGGAAGUCUUAACGAGCGCUGCGUGGCCGUGAAAGUCUUCAGCUCGGCCAACCGGCAGAACUUUGCUAACGAGUGCUCCAUCUACUGCCUGCCUCUGCUGCAGCCGCACGACAACAUCAGCCGCUUCCUGUCGGCCGACGAGAGGACGAGCGCCGACGGGACGCCGGAGUUCCUGAUCGUCAUGGAGUUCUAUCCUCACGUAAGAGUUACACGUGGAUGCUAACUUUAGCUUCACGCUCACUAGCUCUGCUCGUUCGUUGGAGCCUGAUGAAUUGUCUUUACUUCUUCAGUGAUUGUAAACACAACACCAGAAUGAGACAUUAGAGACUUUAAUGUUUCUGCAAAUGUAUAACCAACUACUGAUCAACUUUAAGAGAGACCAUGUUAUUACUGUAACCACUGCAGAUCAUUAAGGUGUUUUCAUAUUAUCGCUGUAGUGACGUGAGCAGCCUGUAGGAGGCGCUAACUGCUGUUUGCACAGCUCGGCCUCGGUCACGUCCACGUCUCUGACUCCAUUAGUCUUGUUAUUGUUCAGGAAGAAGAGACGACGCCUACUGCUUCCUGUCUGGAGACAAACACACACACACACAUUCACACACACACACUCUCACAAAAACACACACACUCACACACUCACAUUCACACACACACU